CCCUCUGUGGGCAUCUCUCCUCCUCCCAGCCUGUGUGUGUUUGUGUGAGUGCGUGUUUGAGAGCGAGAGACAGGGAGAGACAGAGUCAUCCCAGGCCUUCACCAUGAAGCACUGUGUGCUGUUGUCGCUGUUGUUGGCGUUGGGGUGUGUGCACGUCCGCGGUGCACCGGUGGAGAAGAACAACUUGGAGGAGGGGUCAUGCGAAGACGCCUUUGCACAGAGUGCCGCACGACAGGCUCUCACCAAGAUCAACCAGGACCGGCAGGAGGGCUACAUCUUCACUCUGCACCGCCUGUCCAAUGUGCACAUGAGAAAACAUGGAGAGAAUAGCGUGGUGUUCUACCUGACUCUGGAUGUGGUGGAGACCAACUGCAGCGUUCUCAGCAAGAAGGACUGGAAGACCUGUGAGGCUCGGCCUGAAGAGGACGUGCCGGUAUAUGGACAGUGCAAAGUUGCCAUCUACAUCAGUAAGAUGAACAGAGUGGUGCGUCUCUACAAAUACAACUGUGUUAUCAGACCAGUUCCUGUAGGUAGGGUGACUAGCCGUUGUCCUGACUGUCCAGUUCCUAUCGAGAGGGGCGACGCUGAGGUUCAGAAGACUGUGUCCCUCUCCAUGAAGAAGUUUAACAGUGACAGCGGGCUGGCCAAUCAUUUUGCUGUGCUCAAUGUCACCCGUGCCACAGCCGGGAUGGCUUUGGGCAUGUAUUAUCAUGUGGAGUACACCAUCCAGGAGACCACCUGUGCCAAGAGUUCAGAAGCAGUGACCGCUGAUAAGUGUCCGUUCAUGGACUGCGAGUUUGCUCACAAGGGCUUCUGUAAGGGAUCUCUUUACACCUCUCCCAGUGAUGAGGACAUGAUCAGUGCAGAGUGUGAGAUCUAUGAGCCGGAGGCUGCAGAGAGAGAGAAGAAGUUGCACCUGCUGGGUGGAGAGACUGACCACAGCCACAACGAUACACACACACAUAGUCAUGACCAUGACCAUGCACAUGCUACCGACCAGACACACUCACACGACCACGUGCACGACCACACCAAGAGCCACACUCAUCAUGACAAAACCCAUCAGCACGCUGAUAACAGUGACCACCACCACACUCACGACCAUGAUGCAGGUAGUGGUCACAGGCAUGCUCACGAUCACUCCCAUGACCACGGGCACGGCCACAAUCACGUGCACGCUCAUCACGCCAAAGCACACAACCACAGCGGCGACUCACCCAACCACCACCACGACUACAAGCACGCUGAUGGUGUGCACACCCACGAACACGACCACGAGCUCGCUCUGGACCAUGACCACAAGCACGGUCACCUGCACGAGCACGAGCACCACCACCAUCACCACAGCCAUGAGCACGAGACUACAGCCCAUGACCACCCAGAGGGUGUGGUGAAGGUGCUGCCCGACGUGGACCAGCCCGUUACUCUGCCUUCCUUCCCUGAUGUCCCUGCCAUCGGAGUCACGCUGCCCCUGAAGCCAGACCCCGAGAUCCCUGGAGAGAUAGAACCCAUCAUCAAGGCCUUCCCCACCUCAGUCUCAGCCCAAUGUGCAGCCCCAGCGCCACAAGGCACCCUGGUGGGGAUACUCUUCACUGAGGACCCCAUGUUCAAACCAGCUGCAUAAGGUGGCCCAUGGAACUCAAUUAGAACCUUAAUAAAUCUUUUAAAAACUCAGACAAAGACACAGACUUUUGUGUAGUAAAGACAGGAAAACUCUGUUUGACAUUUAACACAUUUGCAUUCAACACAUUGAUAUGUAAUGUAACACACCUUGACUACUUCUCUGGGUCAUUGUUGGGCAAAAUGGUGGUUUAUUAUAAGCACAAACAAUAACAACAACCUUUCCUGUCUCUCUGCACUUCAAUCAUCUAAUAAAGGCUGAGCGCUUUAAAACACACUACAUGAACAACACCAUCCUGGUUUUUCCCCCUAUUUUCAUAAAAGAUAAGUAGUAAUAAAAACCACAGUGUGCCCAUACUCACAUGGAGAAACCAUCUUAACCUUAACCUUAUUUCCACUGCCACUGUACAGUUGAGCCAGAAAACCUUUUCUGUCUUUGUUUAUUAUCUGUGCUUAAUAAAUAAUGAUCACAAAUACUCAA